AUGACUGUCGAUACAUUAAGGUGGUGGCUGGUAGUAGUUGCUUUACUGAUUGGUUCUACCUUUGCCAGAGACUGUUCAAGGGAUGAUUUUGUUUGCCGGCCAGGCUAUCGUCCACAGGAUGGAGGUGACUGUCUGAUUCAAUCGGACUUGAAGGCUACUAUUAGGAAUAGUCAGUGUGGCGGUGCAGAUGCUGAUAGGUAUACCAUUCCUAACGGGCUAAUGCUAAAGUCAGAUAUUGCAUGCACUAAGGAUGAGGGUGCUGACUAUCUUGAAGAUACUGUUGGGGAGUGUCCGAGUGACUCGUUGGCGCUGUCUUUGGAUGAUGGAGACGAUAACCCCGAUGAAGAGGAAGGAGAUCCCGAAAAUUCCAAGGAUGGUAAGAACGAUGGUAAGGUAAAGAUCUCUAUUUUCACCUUUAAAGGUAAAGUGAAGAAUUACAUCUAUUUGAAACGAAAGAUGGACUCGGCAGCUACAGACGAGACUCUUUUGGCACUCACGACCCAAAAUGAGGUGUUUGUCACGCAUGAUCAGGGUAGUACGUGGGAAGAAGUGUCACCAGAUGACGAGUUUCUGGCUAUUUAUUUGAACGAGUAUGAUACCGACCAUGCAUAUUUGCUUGCUACUAAUGAUAAAGUGGUUUAUUCGAGUGACAGAGCAGAUAAUUGGAAGUAUUUCCGUACUCCAUGUAGUGCUAUCCCUGGUGUUGAUCCUCUUAUCUUCCAUCCAACCAGAAGAUCAUAUCUUCUUUGGAUUGGUCAGAUUGGAUGUGAUAAUCAGUAUUCCAAAGCAUGUCGAACAGCUGUCUUCAUCUCUAAAUCUUACGGUAAAAGAUGGAAAGAAAUCCAAGGACACGUCAAGAGGUGUCAAUUUGUCAAUGGAUUGGGAAGACAUGUUGAUCCUGAUCUGGUUAUUUGCCAGAAGGAAUCCAACGAGGCUACCAACUAUCGUUCGGCUUUGUUGGCAUCUUCUGAUGACUUCCAGGAUACCACUAUCACUUUAUUGGAUAAUGUGAUUGGAUUUGUAGAGCAAUCUGGCUUUCUAGUAGCGGCUACGGCUUUGAGUCACGACGAAAUGCGUCUUCACGUGUCAGUAGAUGGCUUAGACUGGCAGAAUGCAUUAUUUCCUGCUAAUUUUCACGUGGAAAAGCAGCAGGCUUACACGAUUUUGUCAGGAAGUACCGGUUCGUUAUUCGUUCAUGUGACUACUAAUCCAAGAGAGAAUACGGAGUUUGGUUCUCUAUUAAAAUCCAACAGUGAUGGACAAUCCUAUGUGUUGACUUUGAACGACAUCAAUAGAGAUUCGAAUGGAUUUGUUGACUUUGAGCAGAUGUCUGGUUUGGAAGGUGUUAUUAUAGUAAAUGCGGUUGAUAAUCCUCGUACUGCUAGACAGGGAUCCCGUAAAGUGCUCAAGACUCUGAUCACUCAUAACGACGGAUCUCAAUGGACAUUAUUGAAUCCACCUUCUGUUGAUUCCGAAGGUAGCAAGUAUGCCUGCUUUGGAGAGUCAUUGGAAGAUUGCAGCUUACAUUUGCAUGGUUAUACAGACAGAGAAGAUUCAAGAGAUACCUUUUCAUCUGGAAGUGCCGUUGGAAUGAUGAUAGGUGUGGGUAAUGUGGGUAAAACAUUGGAAAACUAUUAUGAUGGAAGCACGUUUUUAACUAAGGAUGGUGGUAUCACAUGGAAAGAAGUCAAAAAAGGUGUAUAUAUGUGGGAGUAUGGUGAUCAAGGCUCUGUUAUUGUUCUUGUCAAUGGGAAGGAUAACACCAACACCAUCUCGUAUUCUGUCGAUCAAGGUGAUACAUGGACGGACUUCAAAUUCACUGAUGAGAAAGUGAUGAUUCAGGAUAUAUCGACUGUUCCAAGUGAUAAUUCUCUUGAAUUUUUACUAUUCACUAGAGUUCCUUUGGCCAGAGGUGAUAAGACCAGACUAUAUCAUAUUGACUUCUCACAGCUUCUUUCCGAGCCGUGUAGUUUGGAUUUGAAUCAUCCAGAUACCGACGAUUUCGAGCUUUGGACUCCCCAUCAUCCAUUUCAAGAUGGAAACUGCCUCUUUGGACACGAAUCUCAGUUUUACAGAAAGAUUCCUGGAAGACUUUGCCGUAUUGGCAAGAGUUUGCUUCAACCCUACAAGGUGCUUAGAAAUUGUACUUGUACCAGAGAGGAUUACGAAUGCGACUUCAAUUACUACAGAGAUACUGAUGGAAUAUGCAAAUUGGUUCCUGGAUACAAUCCGCCUAGCCACAAACAGAUCUGUGAUGCUGAAAAUAGUCCUAUUGAAUACUUUCCCGUUACCGGUUACAGAAAGAUUCCAUUAUCUACGUGUGAAGGAGGUCAUCAGUUUGACAGGGCCUCAGAACCGGUCCCGUGCAAGGGUAAGGAAACCGAAUUCCACAAGAAGCAUCCUGGAACCAGUUGGUUUGUUACAGUAGUGGUUUGGAUAUUAGGUAUGGUUUUCUUCCUUGUGAUUGCCCAGUUCUUGUACAAACUCUACGAUAACAAGUAUGGAGAGAUCAGAUUAGAUGACGGAGGAAACUUUUCUAUGGUGGAAAAUGAGGGAACUGUAUUGGAUCAGUUCAAACGACAUUUGAGUUCGACCUUCGUUGGCGCCGUGAAAUUUGCAUCGCAGGUAACUAACUACGUGGGUGACCUUUGGAGAGCGUUUAGAGGUAGAGAACGUCCUGUGAUCAGUGCCUACGUUGUUUCCGAGGAAGACAUCAGAGAUGACCAGCUCUUUGAUUCUGCACAUGACAUUGAAUCCAGUUACAACGAUGAUACUGUAGAUUGA